AUAAUUCACAGAUUGCCAACAAUGGCUUACAGCUACUUUGAUUUGAAGAGCUUUGCAAGCUUCAUACGUGCGUUUAAAAUGAAUCCUCUUGUUAAUGCUCCCUCUACCUGCCGUAUACUGUAUUGCAAUGACUUUGCUGCUCAAUCCUAGCUCAGCACAGUCACUUGCCAGGACCCAGCAGCAUUAAUUAUAGAUGAAGGCCAUUUGCAAAGAUGCUGCUUCACUGCACAUAGCCCCAUAUCCAGGCCUCCCUAUGUGUGGACUUGAAAGGGCUGGGGGUGGGGUCGGAACAUAAAAAGUUUAGAUAAGAGGAGAUUAAAUAUGAGAGACUUGUGGUGGGGCAGUAGGAUGCUGAUACUGCCUCUUAGAAAGGCAAAAAAAUGCUGACUGUAAUUGUAGACAGAAUCCCCCUUUACAGACAGUCUGAAGGCGUGGAUACUGGCAUAACAGCAUCAUUUUAAUGUGACUUCUAAAGAAAUCACUGUAUAUUUGCAGAACUGGAUCCCAUCACCCCAUCCCCCACAUAGCUACGUUGCAAAAAAUAAACAUGCUCCCUUCCAGGCAAAACAACUGCAGAUAUGAAAGACAAUAUCUGACCGACUGGCUGCCUCACCCGUUGUUUCCAAAGACACUGGCAGACAGAAAUAGACUCUUCUAUGUCUGCUGCCAUAAAUCGCUGUUGCCAACCAUCCAGGCAGCCAGCAAGCCCUCCAGGCAGCUCCAGUCAUCUGCCUCAUUCCCACCCCUCUUUUCCUCCCCCACUUUUAAUGGAUCCAUAUAUUCUCACGUCAGGCUGUGGCUAGUGUUCUGUGCCUGUCAGUACGUUUUCUCUUGCCAGUUUCCUGCUUGGAUGUAUGUCAUUUUUGCUCUAUUCGUCUGAUCUGUUGUUUUUAUCGUGCCAUCAUGUGCAUUUUUCUUUUACUGGCUGCCUCUUCUUACCCGCAUUUAUGUGUUUUAUGUCCUUCACUUUGUCUCUCCUCACUCCUUCUUGUCCAACACUUUCAUUUUUGUUUGUCAGAGAUUGUUUUCUUUCUGUCUUGUCCUGUAUGCAGAAAACUGGAAUGUACCAAAACCACACUAAAGACACCAACAACAACUGCAAUAAAAGCCUUCUCUGUGAUCACAAGGAAAAGCUUGUACAGGCUAUUAAAAGAAUCAAGCAUGAGGUAGAUGAGUGCAAAGAUGCAGAGAGAGAGACGUACAUAGAAUCAGUGGAAGUAGAGGGCCGGUUUGAUGAACUGGAACGGGAAAUCAGAGCUGAGUUUCAGAACCUUCACCGCUUCCUGGAAGAGGAGGAGUGUAAGGACUUGGAGCGGCUGAGUCGGGAGAGGCAAAAACAACUGAAGCAGCUGAAGCAGAGAGAGAAGAAAAUAGCAGAGCAAGGGAAAGACCUUCAGAAUGCAAUCUCAGUCCUCAACAGCAAAUUGGCUGAGGAGGACAGUCCUAAGCUGCUCAAAGAAAUUCAAGAUCUCACAAAAAGGUCUCAUGUCAGCUUUGUUCUUCCAGCGGAGGUGGAUACAGAGGUCCGCUCAGGUCAGUUUGUGGGGCCCAUCCAGUACAGGAUAUGGAAGCACAUGAAAAGCUGCCUUUACCCAAAUAUUACAUCAGUAACCUUUGACCCUGAAACCGCCCACCCUAAUCUGUCUCUGUCCCAGUCCUGUGAUUCCGUUUGGUUUGAUGAGGAUAAAGACACAGAAGAUUGCCAAGCCAACCCACGACGGUUCAACUAUUACUACUGUGUAUUUGGCCAUCAGUGCUUCACAUCAGGCCGACAUUACUGGGAGGUGGAGGUCGGCAACAAGACGGCAUGGAGGUUGGGUGUGGCACAAGAAAAUGUUCCAAGAGGGCAGAUGGCUGCUACUGGCACCUCUAGCGGCCUCUGGACCUUGGCCUUAAAGGGUGGAUCUGUCCAAGCCUGCACUGACCCACAGCCUACCAAAGUCAACGUGUCCCUCCGUCUUGUCCGUAUUGGCGUGUUCUUAGACUGUGAAAAGGAAGAGGUGACUUUCUAUAAUGCUGUCACCAUGGCACCAAUCUACACCUUUUCUAUGGGAACUGUGGUGGUUCCUCUGUUUCCAUUCUUUAACCCAUGUGACACAGAUGAUGGAAACAACAUCGCGCCAGUUACUGUCUUUAACCCAUCACUAUAAGAAUCUGUUGUCUCCAGCUUUUAACACUAAUGGUAAAUGAUUUCCAAUACAAACAGUCAAUAUUAUUCUUUUAAAGCUGAAACAAUUCAAUAAAUUAAUGGAUUAAUUAGUCAAAAGAAAAAAUAAUGUGCAAGGAUUCUGAUUAUCAGUUUAUUGCUUGUUUUAUUUUUCAAGCAACAAUGCUAAAAAUGUGAGGUUUCAGCUCCCAAUUAGAUCGCUGUUUGUUUUAUCUUCUCUUCUUCUAAUCUUCUUGUGUGAAAAUAAACGGGUUUUGAACCCAAAGAUAUUUGAGUCUGACAAAACAAGGCGUCUGAAGUUGUCACUUUGGAUUUUACACGAUUUUGCUUGAAUUUUACAGACCAAACCUUUUUUUUAUCAAGAAAAUAAUCAACAGAUGAAUCAAUAAUGAAAUUAAUUAUCACUGUAUCCUUAAUUAUAUUAUGUAUUGACUAUUUGAUGAAGGAGUGCUAUAAAUAGAAAACUUCACAUUCAGUUUUUGGAAUAAAAAUACAUGGCUGUUACUGUAACCACAA